GGUAAAGACGGUAAAGAUGGAAGAGACGGUAGAGAUGGAAGAGAGGGUCCCGCGGGACCUCGAGGUAUGACCCAGACUUUGACCACAUACCGUGUUGCACAAAAUUUUUGCGGGUUCUAAUUUUUGCGAUUUUUGCGAUUUUUUCAGCGAUCCGCAAACAUAAGUUCCCGCAAAUAAAAAUUACCGCAAACAUUUUUCCAGCAAACAUUUACUCCAGAGUAAAUAUUCUCCAACUUAAAUUCGCUACAGAAAAAUGCGGAAGUAAAAUAUCGUGUCCGUUCAAUUGCAACUUGCCUCAAAAUGGUAUACAAUGGUUUUACAUACACACAUACCGUAGUACUAUUUGAAAAUUCGUAUUUAUGUAUACACGUACUUAACAAAAACGAAAAUAUUAUCAAUACUGGGUACUGGGUACUUCGUGAAAAUGGCAAAAAUUAGUUCCCAACGAGAAAAACCAAUCUGUCUCCACAAAAAUGAUUUUUUUUAUUUGUAGGAAACGAAAUAAUAGAUUCACUAACGAAACGAUAUAUAAAUUACCUGAAAAACAUAUCCUUAUAACUAAAAGUAACAAUGUAACAGCAGGUAUGUUUUCAAAAACUAACGACAAGAUGGAGGUUUCUGAGAGUUUCAUUAUGUGCAGUCAUACCUCGAUACAACGAAGGCCCAACUGACUGGCAAAAUGUGCUCGCAAUCAAGGCUCUUUUUCAUAUGUAACUAUUACUAACUGGAGGGUGAAGAAAAUAAUUCGUUAUGUCGAGGGCUUCGUUUAACUUAUACCUACUUGGGUUUAACUUAUACCUGCAGGGGUUUAACUUAUACCUGCUUGGGUUUAACUUAUACCCACAGGGGUUUAACUUAUACCUACUUGGGUUUAACUUAUACCUACAGGGGUUUAACUUAUACCUACUUGGGUUUAACUUAUACCUACAGGGAUUUAACUUAUACCUACUUGGGUUUAACUUAUACCUACAGGGGUUAAACUUAUAACCACAGGACUUUAACUUACACCUACAGGGAUUUAACUUAUACCUACAGGGCUUUAACUUAUACCUACAGAGAUUAAAUUUAUACCUACAGGGGUUUAACUUAUACCUACAGGGCUUUAACUUAUACCUACAGGGAUUUAACUUAUACCUACAGGGGUUUAACUUAUACCUACAGGGAUUUAACUUAUACCUACAGAGCUUUAACUUAUACCUACAGGGGUGUAACUUAUACCUACAGGGGUUUAACUUAUACCUACAGGGAUUCUUUAUAUCGAGAUUCCACUGUCAUGUAUUUUUGUGGCGCUUUCUCAUGAGUACGAUCGCAAAAUGUUUUCGCAAUACAGACUGUGAUGUUGACUUUUCAUUUCUUCUUAGUGGUAAAAAAGCGAAUACAAAUAAGGGGCGUAAAAAUCUGUUCACGUCAAGGAGCCUGGUCCCAGGUUACGAAUUAAGGGUUCAUUUUCGAACUCUUGUUUCAUCUUCUUCUCCUCCUUGUAGUUGUAGUGGCUGUAUUUAUAUAUUCAGACCAGGUGGCUUUUAAGGUCCCUCCUUGCUAAAAAGUUCAAUAACUUCAACACCGUUGAAGCUAUGACCACCAAAACCAUCUGGGAACAGUUUUAAAGUCGUCAUGGCGUGUACGUCAAUAAAUUCAACAAAAUGACGUCAUAAGGACGUCAAAUCACCUCAUUGUGUCAAUCAUGUUGCGCCUUGUACAUUAUUCUGUGCAAUUUUGGUGGCCGUAUCAAGAGCGGCCUUUAAGUUAUAGAGCAAUGCUUCCGAAACCCCCUACCCCCGUUCACAAAAAGUAAAAACAAAUGGUCUGAAUAGUGUUAAAUGUGGCGUCUUUGGUAACACAGACAAGGAUGGCAAAUAACAAGAGCAAUUUAAAUUGGAUUUAUAGCCAAGGGUUGUACCCCGCUUGUUUGCUUCACUCUCCACUCACUAAUACUCACCCACGAUAGUUCUUUUUCAAUAGGAGAGGUUGGUAAAACAGGAGGCGUCGGUCCUCAGGGUCCCCCUGGACCACCGGGAGUGAAAGGAAAGGGAAUGUCUGGGGUGAAAUACGUUCGCUGGGGAAAAACCAACUGCUCAGGAGAUGCAACGGUGGUGUACAAUGGUAAGGAGACAUUAUCCUUUUAUCUACCUUCUCUCGUUGAACAAUGUAUUUGCGAUUAUCAGCAGGUUUGCGAAGCAUUAUUAGUAGGUCGUAUGUCAAUAUUAACGCUAGCAAUACGUUUAUCGUAAAAACCUCGCGAGGAGGCUGUAAAGGGACAGUAGUAAGAAUACAGGGAAACUAGCCAAAGGAUUCAAAGAAAAAAACAAAAACUGAACUGGAAAAAAUGUAUCACAAAUAAAAGGCUUUGCCGAGAGUCGAACCUCAACCAUCUGCUUCUAAGGUCGACUCCUAGACAACUGAACCAUGCUGCAGUAAUUCCGUAAUUUAUAAACCUUUGCUACAGGAGGGCCUUACAGCAAUCGCUUUGUGAGGAACAACAUGAAAACUCGUUUUUGUGGGCGUUUCCACCUGUUUUGGUAUUUUAAGGCCUAUGGCAAUAUUUUCAAGCUUAUAGUGAUGGCUGGAAAGUGGGUCUAGAGUUCCUGAAUGGACGUUUCAGUCGUAUUUUCGGGCAUGUUUUCUCUUUACAUGCAUCUCAGGCGUGUUAGUCGAGCAAAUCGCACAGAUUUGGGCGUUUUUCAAAAAAAUAUCCUAAAGUAAACCUUCAGCGUAACUUAGAAGUCAAAGUUGUCGUAAAAUAGCGUAACGUAUGACGUCACAAAUGGACCGUAGUUAGGGUGGUUGCAGGAACAAUAUCGUGAUUGAGUGGUUAAUUCAUCAUUAAACGUAUUGCCGAGAGGAUAUAUACAGUAAAAUCCGCAGGUAGAAACCUGGGCCCAGUUGUUCGAAGGCCGAUUAGCGCUUAACCUGGGGUUAAAUUUAACCCUGGUUUCUUUGUCUUGUGUUCAAAAGUAUUUUCCCGGAUAAUUUUCUCUGUUAUUUUUAGACCUUCCAAUCAUCAACUUGUAGACAAAAAGAAUUGAAACUGAAACGCUUUUUAAUUUUAAGCUUUAAAAUCUGAAUUCAAAUCGCGCACAAACCCUGGGUUAUCCUAGCUUAACCCAGCUUCGAAGAACUCGGCCCCGGUUUUUAAGAACCAACUAGAACCUAUAAGGUUAAAAUUUUCCAGUUAAGCCCCCUCAAUACAAGAACCUAUAUGUUUAGCCUAAAAUUUAAAACAGGUUCUUUUUUUUAAUUCUAUAAUAAAAAAUUGACGAUGUGUACACUAAUAGGUAAAUAAGUCAACAUUCAAGAAUGAUCCUCUUUGGAAACAAAGAUACUUUUACUUACCUCUUUCACUUCUAUGUAAUCGUAUGCAGCUAUUUCAUAUAAGGAAUAAGCUGACGACCACUACCCUUAGCUACAAUGUAUUUUUUCUUCAGAAAAUAAGAAUCUAUUUAAGAACCUAAAUAGCUUAAAUUUGAGCUAUUUACCUUUUAUUUAAGAACCUGUUUCAUAGGGCUAGCUUAGGAAAAUGCACGUCUUCGCGCGAUGGUAUUUACUGUAAACUCGUAAUACUUAAGGUGUUUCGAUACAGUUUUUCAGAGGCAAUACCGAUAUUUUUCAAUCGCCUUAAAAGUGGUGUUUUCCUUGUCCAAUCGCUAUAACAUUUUCACCAGUAAUUGGCUAUGGAUUGAAAUUUGUGAAAAUUUAGUUUUAAGUAAAAUCGAUAUUACUAUGACAACAAUAAAGAAACAACUUUGAAAUUGAUAAAAGCCGAAUUUUGUGUGAUCUAGACCUGCUACUGAAAAUCCAACACUAGGAACUUAGAGUCUGGUGUUUAGCAAACAAUCUCCGUAAGAAGCAAAAAAUUCUGUAUGUGUGAAUUCGACUAAAACGAAAAUAUAUUUCAAACCUUAAAUUUUCAAUAGCCGUGAUAGAUUAUUUAAUAAAAACGUUAUAAAUGACUCAAAUUAUUCUUAAGUAGCGUCAGAAUGCUGCUUAAUAUCGUAUUUUGAUGCUGGGAAAUUUUGGCUUACUUUCGUUCUUGCGAUCUUGAAAACUAACCCGUUUUCUCACCACCUGUAUAAGUGCAACUUCAUUCAGAAUUUGGACUUUUAGCGCUUUCUUGUAUAUCUCCGAAACGACUCGAACGAAUUUUUUUAAAAUCUGUUCACAUAAUCUUCAUAAUGUUUAUAAAAAUGUCUGAAACUUUUAUUAAGAUUGAUUCACUGCAACACCUUAAAAUUUCAAGACAAACCUAUCCUACGAACCGGUCAAAAAUCUGCGUUGCAACAUUCACUGUUUUGACGUUAUGCUAAUUUUUCCAAAAUAAUGGGCACUAUACAUACCCCCAUGACUAGUACAUUUUAGUUUGAAUUUAUCGCGUCUUUUAAAUGUAAAACAUUGACAAUACUCACACUGAAAUGUACGAGUCAUGGAUAUAUCUAUUGUCCGCAUUAAUUUGGAAAAAUUAGCAUAACGUCAAAACAGUGCAUGUUGUAGCGCGGAUUUUUGGUUUGUCUUGAAAUUUCAAGGUGCUGCAGUGAAUCAAUCUCAAUGAAAGUUUCAGACAUUAUUAUAUACAUCAUGAAGAUUAUGUGAACAGAUUUUAAAAAAAUUCGCUCGAGUCGUUUCAGAGAUAUACAAAAAAAGCGCUAAAAGUCCAAAUUUUGAAUGAGGUUCCACUUAGAUAGGUGGCGAGAAAAAGGGUUAGUUUUCAAGAUCGCAAGAACGAAAGUAAACCAAAAUUUCUUAGCAUCAAAAUAUGAUAUUAAGCAGCAUUCGGACGCUACUUAAGAAUAAUUUGAGUCAUUUAUAACGUUUUUAUUAAAUAAUCUAUCACGGCUAUUGAAAAUUUAAGGUUUGAAAUAUAUUUUCGUUUUAGUCGAAUUCAAACAUACAGAAUUUUUUGCUUCUUACGGAGAUUGUUUGCUAAACACCAAACUUUAAGUUCCUAGCGUUGGAUUUUCAGUAGCAGGUCUAGAUCACACCAAAAAACGGCUUUUAUCCGUUUCAAAUUUGUUUGUUUAUUGUUGUCAUAGUAAUAUCGAUUUUACUUAAAACUGAAUUUUCACAAAUUUCAAUCCAUAGCCAAUUACUGGUGAAAAUUUUAUAGCGAUUGGACAAGGACAAAACCAUGGCCACUUUUAAGGCGAUUGAAAAAUAUCGGUAUUGCCUCUGAAAAACUGUAGCGAAACACCUUAAUUUAGUUCAUUUUCAGUGUGAAUGAAAUUUAAAUGACAAAAAGUUUCAAACAGCUUUCUUGUCUUUAGGUAUAAUGGGUGGCGAACAUUACUCUCACACUGGAGGUGGAGUGAACUAUCUUUGCCUUCCAAACACUCCAAAGUACGACAGAUACAGCGACCGUAAUCAAGACACAGGAUAUAUUUACGACACCGAGUAUGAAGUUAGUUCCUACAGUGGGUAUCCUUUCAGACGAAAUCUCCAUGAUCACGAGGCGCCUGUGUUGUCUGCUAUGUCAAAUCACGUGGUUCAAUGCUGAUGAUGCCCGCACGAAAUGAUUGUCCAUCUGGAUGGACCGAAGAGUAUCAUGGGUAUCUGAUGACUUCAUAUUACGGUCACAAAAACCAAAAAGACUUCGUCUGUGUUGACAAAGAUCCAGAGUAUGUUCCUGGGUCCCAUAAGGAUAUGAACGGUGCUUUGCUGUACCACGUUGAAGGGCAUUGUGGCUCUCUUCCAUGCCUUCCAUAUGUUCAGUAUCGAGAGCUGACAUGCGCGGUGUGCACAAAGUGA